AUGGUCGCCAACUCUACUGGACGUGACGCUAGCGCGCUAAAGUCACGUAAGCGCGCUGCUGACUCCGAGUCUGAACCACUAUUGAAACAGGGCCAGCCAUUCCCCAAGCAGCCUCGUAUCGGUUCAGAGUUGGACAAGACACGAUGGAGGCUCAAGGACGACGACAGCCGCCACACAUGGCACUACCUUGAGGACGACGAUGCUGCAAAGGAGUGGCCACAGAGUUAUGCCGAGAAGUGGUACUUGAACCAAUCCCUGGAUCUUCCAGAUCUUCCAACCCCCGACAGUCCCUUGGCAGCCGCCACGAAUGGCCUCGACUUCUUCGAAAAACUUCAACUACCCAGCGGUCACUGGGGCUGCGAAUAUGGCGGCCCUAUGUUUCUCCUACCCAGUGUUAUCAUCACCUGGUAUGUCACCAGGACACCGAUUUCCACUUCGAAAGCAACAGCCAUCUACAACUAUCUAUCCGCGCGAGCGCACCCCGAAGAUGGAGGCUGGGGUUUGCAUAUCGAAGGCGAAAGCAGCGUUUUUGGAACAUUGAUGAACUAUGUUGCCCUUCGUCUUGUUGGAGUCGAGGCCGACGACCCUGUAUUGGUCAAGGCUAGAGGCACUCUUCAUAAGAUGGGAGGCGCAUUGUAUGCGCCGCACUGGGCAAAGUUCUGGAUGGGUGUCCUAGGAGUCAUGGAUUGGGAUGUCGUCAAUCCUGUGCCACCAGAAAUAUGGCUGCUCCCUGACUGGGUUCCUUUUGCGCCAUGGCGAUGGUGGAUUCACAUUCGAAUGGUGUUCCUUCCAAUGGGCUGGUUGUACUCAAAGCGAUGGAGUUGCGAAGAGACAGAUGUUAUCCGAUCAUUGAAGAAGGAGGUCUUCAUCGAGGACUACGCCAAGAUCAAGUGGACAAACCACCGCAAUGACAUUGGUGUCGUCGAUAACUAUCACCCUAAAUCAUGGCUUCUCAACACAGCCAACUGGCUGAUUGUCAAUAUCUGGAACCCUUAUCUUCGACCCAAUGCUCUGAAAGAAAAGGCCGAGGCCUGGUCGAGUAAGCAGGUUGACAUGGAAGAUGCCAACACCGACUAUGCAUGCUUGGCGCCCGUCAACGCCACUAUGAACACAGUCAUGUGCUACGCUCGCGACGGUCCGGACAAUUACGGCGUACAAAGACACAUCGAGCGACUUGAGGAGUUUCUCUGGGUCAAGGACGAGGGUAUGUUGGUCAAUGGCACCAAUGGCGUUCAAUGUUGGGAUACAGCCUUUUUGAUCCAAGCGGUCUUCGAAGCCGGCCUCCACAAGGACGAGAAGUGGAAGCCGAUGUUGAUGAAGUCGCUGCAGUAUCUGGAAAGACAACAAAUUCGAGAGGAUUGUGUUGAUCAGGAUGUUUGCUAUCGCCAACCCCGAAAGGGUGGCUGGCCGUUCAGCAACAAGGACCAGGGCUAUGGUGUUAGUGAUUGUAUCUCCGAAGCAAUGAAGGCCAUCAUCCUUCUACAAAAGGUGGGCGGACUCCCCGAAGUCCUUGAGGAAAAGAGACUAUUCGAUGCCGUUGAUACUCUUCUGCUAUAUCAGAAUAGCAACGGUGGCAUGUCGUCUUACGAAAAGCGACGAGGAGGCGAGUGGCUGGAAAUGCUCAACGCCGCCGAGGUUUUCGGUCGCAUCAUGAUCGAGUACGACUAUCCCGAAUGCACAACAGCCUGCGUGACGGCUCUGUCUUUGUUCAACAAGUACUGGCCUGAUUACCGUACCAAGGAAGUCAAGACUCUGAUUCGAACAGCCGCCGAGUGGAUCAAGUCCAACCAGCGUCCCGAUGGUGGUUGGUACGGAAGCUGGGGUAUUUGCUUUACAUACGCUGGCAUGUUUGCGCUCGAGAGUAUGAAGCACAUCGGUCAGACAUACGGUACAGGCGAGAACUCACGACGCGGCUGUGACUUUUUGAUAUCCAAGCAGAGGGCUGACGGCGGCUGGUCAGAAAGCUACAAGGCUUGCGAAACAAUGGAAUAUGUUGAACAUCCAUCAGGAUCCCUUGUGGUUCAGACAGCCUGGGCUUUGAUCGGCCUGAUGGAGGCUGAUUACCCCCAUGUGGAGCCCCUGAAGAGAGGCAUCCAGUUGAUCAUGGAUCGUCAACAGCCAAACGGAGAGUGGCUACAGGAGGCCAUCGAGGGUGUCUUUAACAAGUCAUGCAUGAUCUCUUAUCCCAACUACAAGUUUACCUUUACCAUCAAGGCGCUAGGCAUGUUUGCCAAGAGGUUUCCUGAGGAGAAGCUGGUUCCUAGUUGGGCUUUGCAGGGAAAUGGUAUUGAGAAGUCAUAG